AUGCCCACCCUCGCCAUCGGCAAAUCAACAGCGAUCCUCAUAACCUACCAUGCCACAAUCAUGCUCCUCCUGACCCCCCUCCUCACCCGCAUCUCCCGCUCCUUCUCCCUACAGCGCAUCUCCCACCUACUCUUCGCCUUAUUGACACUCAUGAGUCUCGCAUCGACAUGGAGCAACAUGUAUCGCUACUUCGCGCGGUCCUAUACGGAAAGCGGCGCGGGAAGUGUGGAGGAGUGGCUACAGGGGACGGGGUUGUUUAUGGAGGCGUGGGGGGUUGUGAGUGGGGGGAGGGAGGGAUAUUGGUGGACGGCGCAGGUUUGUGGGGUUUGUGCGGGGGUUUUGACGCCGUUGUUUUUCGUCGAGGGUCGACGACGAGGGAUUGGUGGGUUGGGGAGGUUCAUGGCAUUGGCACAGCUUGUCGCUAUUUCGUUUGCUACGUCGUUGUUCUUUCUUACACUGGUUACUACGACACCGCUCGCACGUCCUCUACCUCGUCCAUCGCUCCGGAUUUUGACGCCUUGUGUUCUGCUAUCACUCGCGACCGUCCCAUUCCUGGACCCGACAAAAUCGACGUUCCUCCCGUUGCUGUUGGCGAUGCACGCACUUCUCUUCCCACCAUUCUUCACGCCGAAGAAGGAUAUGAAGGUUAGAGCAACAAUCGAGGAGGAAACACCCGCGUUACAUUUUCUGUACGUGGUCAUCGCGUACGUGAACUGCGCUUCAUACAUCUGGUACACAUACCAAUACGCCUGGAACCACCCUGCCGGAAUCCUGGGCGGGAUGAAAGCGUUGCUCGGGCAUAUGUUUACGCAUCCGGCACGGGCAUCGAUUGGAUGGGAUUUGGUAUGUGUGAGUGCGGCGUUGUUGGUGUGGUUUGUGGUGACGGCGGAAGGGGGGAGGAGGGUUCAUGCGUUGUGGACGGGGGUGUUGGGGAUGGUGCUUGUUGGGCCGGCGGGACAGAGUGCGUUGGAGUUGGCGACGAGGGAGGCACCUGAGGAUGAUACCCCAUGA